GAUAUGGUGGUACCAUCACUUACUACCUACUGUAAGUGGACGGCGUUCGCAUUUUUCUUUUCACAUCUUGCUGUUCGUUAACUUCUUCUCUUCACUCACUUCAUGCUCCCUCUCAAACUUUCAUCAUAUUUCACUAGGCUCACCACGAACGAACUCAAUUACCCUGUAGUCGUCAUUCGCACAAUUUCAUGAUUCGCAAAUUCGCAAGUCUCGCCCCUCCUUUCUAGUAGUAAUUCGCAUAGCUCUCGGACGCCCACUCGAUUGAAUUGCAUUUGCAUUUUCACUAUUGGCCUAACACUUCAGCUCGCCUUUUCAUAACUGCAGCCCAGUAACCAAACACGGGAUCUCGAAUUACAUCGAAUAGUGGUCAUUCCUACCUCAAAUCCUAUUCAAUUACUCUGACCUAAGCCGUGAAUCAGCACAGUGAAGAGUGGAAAGCCCUUUUGCAAAAAUUCCCCACAACGUCACACCCUCUGGAUUACAAUUAGCUCCUGUACCCAUUCCCGGUAGUCCUGUCCUCAAUCCUAUACCCAAAUUUAGAAUCCCAAAAGGUAGAGAUCGAAAUCUCACAGCGCGCAAUUCUUAGCAUCGCCACCCCAAAUCUUCCUUGGUUCCGACUUUUAGGAUUUGGCCGGAUCUCAACUCUCACAAGCGAACCUUUUAUGUGUUGAGAAUUAUUACGUUGCCGUUCAUAAAUCUUGGAUCGAUUGGGUUCUUAGCGGAAUAUAUUCAGAAAAAAGACCCUCUGGAACAGCGGUUCAUGUCGAAAAGGUUCUUGGGACAUAACACCACCCCUUCCGCUUCCGAUACUGGUAGGAAUCUCACUAGCUUUAGCCGCAGAGCAGAGGAACAAAAAGACCAGGUUUCAAGGUUGUAUGAGCUUGGACUACUCAGCGACUCGGAUAAAAGAUCCAGGAGACGAGAGAGAGACAAGGUCAAGGAUCUAUCUAGUGGAGCCCGCGUUGCAGGAUCCCAUCCAAAAAAGGACAAUCGAAAAGUUCUUGAACAUACUCGUGGAUUUUCAGAUACGUCGUUCUCUUCGGUCUCCCCUCUAGCCAGUAAGGCGAAUCGUGAUCUCAAACAACGAGCUGGUGGUGGAAUGUCAGGAAUGUUGGACACGGAUAGAACUCGUACCAGGAGGGAGAGGACGUUUGUCGGCAGCGAAUGUUCUGUGUGUGAAGAGCCAUUGGAACAUACCCUUCGAGGCGAACGAAUAUUACAAUUUUCCUGCGGCCAUGUCUCUCACGAGGCAUGUUUCUACGAGUACAUCAAGGGAAGCGACGCUCAAUAUUGCCCAACUUGCAACGCGCCCUUGGGUCUGGAUACGAGUCGAGGAGGCAACGUUCUUGACAUUGGUAAGACUUUCAAAAGUAGUGAGAAGCUAAGUAGUAUUGUGCGUUCAGUUUCGGCCAGCGACCAGUCCGCGAGAUCAACGUCCACACCUUCAAAUUGGGAAUCUCAAACUGCACGACCACCCAGUCGCGAAUCCAAUGCUCGAACUACGAGAACAAGAGCGAACAGCCAGGAUACCCAUAUUAGAGACAAUAGCAGAGAUAAUGGUAGCAAUAGAGAUAGUAGGGACAGUCGAGAGCGCAUGGAUAGAUUUGCACAGCCAUCGAGAAUCUCGCACCAAAGAAACGAUAGCGAAAAUGCCCCAUCCGUUGGAUAUCCAGAGACUGCAGCAAGCGGCCCACCUCACCGUCAUGACUACGAUGUGCAAGCGAUGGAAUCGAAUCUUAUAAGCCCUCGAGCAAGUGUUACAAGAAACCCCAUCCCAGCUCCGGUCGUCAGCAUUCGUUCAGAGUUCCCAACCUUGAACAGGUCCAGACAGCAACAAACUUUGACUUGUCUUAUCACAAUCGAGGUUCCCGACAAUAAAUGGCGACCCGACCCAGAUGAUAUUCGAGGUGCCCCGCCACUACCCAACAUUCGGCCUGAAGAUACCUACGCUCGACCUCCAUCUCCAGCCCAGAGCGCACCACGUUUCUACCCCUAUGAAUCUCCAGAGGUUUUGGACGAAAUUACUGAAGGUUUACGGACUCGGGUUGAAAAUUGGCAUGGCCUUGAUUUCAAUAGAUUUGGAAAAUUACGAUUGUAUGGAACUAUUCGAGUUGGGAAAGACAGGCAAUCUUGGCAGGAACUGGAAUGCUUCUUGUUCGCAGAAAUGCUUAUCUGCGUAAAAGAAAAGAAGAUUUCAUCAUCCCAACCAUGGGACGAAUCCAACGGCGUUCGCAAAAGUACUCGGUGCACACUCAAAGGUUCAAUAUUAAUCAAAAAGCACUUGAACGAAGUGACUGAAUCAGGAUCUAGUAAUUCUCUUGGACAAACCGAAAAAAUCACCGCAGCUAACUUACGCCCUACUGAAGAUCACAACAUAUUGACCUUGAGUCUCUCGGUGGCUGAACUCCCAUCAUUUCAUCUGAAAUUUGAUAAUCGCAAUCAGCUCAAGUUGUGGCAACAGGCUCUAUUGGAUUUGAAUGCCAUUGAGGGAUCUCCCGCACGAAGUCCAGAUUACGAUCUUUCAGAACCAGAAGAAGAAGAAUGGAAUUGCGAUUCGACAGGUCUCCAGCGAGUCUCAGUUGCUUCCUCGGGGUAUGGACCUAGAUCCGCGACCACUGCACCGGCAGAGUACGCAAGUAGCCCUAAAGUUCUACGACUACCAGCUGCAAUUCAUGUACCUGUUUAUAUUGUGGUUGUUAUUCCCAUAUCUUCUUCAAUGCAAGGUGUCAAGAUUACUCUUGUAAGAGAUGCAUUGAAAUUCAUGGUUUCCAACCUGGGAGAUCGUGAUCGUAUGGGUUUGGUCACAUUUGGUUCCAGUGGCGGUGCAGCACCACUUGUAGGGAUGACUAGCAAAACAUGGAAUGGAUGGCCGCAAAUUCUGGCUUCGAUCAGACCGGUUGGACAAAAGAGUCAUCGAGCAGAUGUUGUGGAGGGUGCAAAUGUGGCGAUGGAUCUUCUUAUGCAACGAAGGUCGAAUAAUCCAAUUGCUACGAUUCUUCUGAUCAGUGACUCUUCCACAUCUGAUGCGGAGAGCGUGGAUUUUGUGGUAUCAAGAGCUGAGGCCGCUAAGAUUGCUGUUCACUCUUUCGGACUUGGUAUGACACACAAGCCAGAUACCAUGAUUGAAUUAUCAACUCGAACGAAAGCCUCUUACACAUACGUCAAAGACUGGAUGAUGUUGCGAGAAUGUCUCGCAGGUUGUCUUGGAUCUCUUCAAACAAUGUCGCAUCAAAAUGUGAAAUUGAAGCUAAGACUUCCCGAAGGAUCGCCAGCUAAAUUUGUUAAGAUUAGCGGGGCUUUACAGAUUACCAAGCGUGCAACAGGUAAAGACGCCGAGGCUUCUUUGGGAGACUUGAGAUUUGGCGAUAAGAGGGAUAUUUUAGUACAGCUGGUUAUUGCUCCCGAUAAUGCUUCGCAGGAACAACUCGCUCAAGACCCAUGGGAUUCUAUAGUUUCUGGUCUUGAGGCUCUUGGUGGGUCAAGUGAUCAAGAAGAUCAACGAGUCGUAUCAAUAGAGGAAGUUCCUCUCAUCCAAGCUGAUCUCACCUGGGGAGAUAUCCUCAGAGAUGGAACACUUGCUCAUUUACCCCGCCCUUCACUCUUAGCAAUCACGAUGCUUCCUGCCCCAACAAACCAGAAGAGACACACGACUUGGAAUAGUGCACCACCCAUUCCACCCCACCCAAGCGUCGUUCAACGACGUAUGGAACUUCUCACCUCCGACAUGCUUACCCGCGCUCUCACAUUGGUUUCUCGCGGUCAGCACGAUCGCGCACAACAUCUUUUGAGCGAGACACGAUCCAUUCUGAAAGGCUUAGGCAAAGGUGGUCUCCCACCUAUUCCCCCUCCACCUUCCAAAUCCCCAAAUCACAAUCUCUCAUCCCGCACGGGUUCUUCAUCGCCUACGAACCGUACUCCCGAUGGACGUCGCACCCCUUCUCCAACAUCUGCCACGACAAUGACCUCAAAUCAAACUCUGGGACCAAUUCCUCGACAUCGAUCAAAUGAUGCGCUUUCGGCUGUUGUCACAGCCCCCAGUAUCGAUCCCAACACUGUUGCGGCUCUUGAUGCGGAGUUGGAGGCUAGUCUCGAAUGGAUCAAUCAUCCUGCUGUAUUUGGUCGGGAUAGCAGAAAAGCCGUACUGCAAGCUAUUGGUGUGAUCAGUAGUCAGCGCGGAUAUACAUUCCGUACCACGGUGGAAAGUCUCUGGGCGGGUCGCGUGAGCGGGAUCAAGAAAAUGACGGAUCGCAGUCGGGAGUGGAGAGAGGAAGGUGGGGGUGAGGUGGGGAUUAUGGAAGAGAGUUGAUUGUGCGUCUUGCUUUGCAUUGGAAUUUACUUGCGGUCUUUCUGUUCUCUCUCUCUCUCUAGCUCUCUUUGCGUUUAGAUGAUACCUCAUGGUCGUUUACUUACGACUGUACUUUUUCACAUUUUUAUGAUCAUUUCAUUUUAAGAGAUGAAUAUUUCAUUACUUUACUGUACCAAAUUAUCAGCGCGAGGUUAGCGCAUUCUGAUCUCGGUGGAAUUUGUUUCUGGUUCUGGUUACUAUAACACACAUACCCCCUUUUGUUAUCUAUGGAUAUUUUUGCUUUCUUCUCUUUAUCUCGGUUCAUUUCUUCAACGGCUCGAAUGUUGUACUUGGGUCGUUGAGUCUCGUUCCCCCCCUAAUUGUGGGAGGAACUUGGUGGUGUUUGGAUAUCAUAUAUGGAAUGGGAAAAAUUUGGAUUUUAGGAAGGAGGGAGGAAUCUUGGCUUGGGAUUAUCCGCAACUUUGAUAUGAUGUGAUGAUGAUGGAUAGCUGGCGGAGAGAGUUGGGUUUGGGGGUGGAUGGAGGAGGAUUGUCUGGAGAGGGUGUGGGUAUUGCGUGGGUGUACCUAUGCAAUGAGAUGGAUGGACAUGGAAUGAGAUGGGAUUGGAGAUAGAUAAUGAAGAAAUGGAGAGAGAUAUUCUUUGUCCAUUUGAUUUUUGAUUUUUUUGAUUUUCGUGAAUGAUUGUGCUCAUGGUUUGAUGGUAUCUACCUUGUGAAAAGUUGUGGCUUGGAGUGAGAGAGAAAUUUCUGCUGUUU